AUGACGCUCCCUCUCUCUGGUAUUCGUCGCGUCGGCAGCACAUUAUCUGCUUCAACCGUAACAGGCCCUGCCGGCAUCCUCACCCACAAGGAUCACAGCGGUAAAGUACUGGGAAGCAAGCAGAUCUAUUCGAGUCGCGAGGUUAUUAUUGGCCGUGACAGGAGCCGUUGCCAAUAUGUGCUCAAUGAUCCCUACAUCUCGAAACGCCACCUCAGAAUCUAUACCGUCGUCUACGAGGAUGACGAGCCAAGUGGAGUUGAAAACCUUGUCUAUGCGGAAGACUUGUCUCUGAACGGCACCUAUUGGAACGGCUCCUUUAUUGGCAAGGGAAACGGAGGCUUUCUGCUUAGUGACCAAGAUACUUUGCGACUGAGCCGUCGGACAUACCUCGUCUUCACAGCCAUGCCCUCCAGUCGCACACCUGAGACCUUCGACUACAUACAAGAGACCGAGAUGGCGAGAUUUAGCAAAGAUUACACUUUGAGCGACAGACUCCUCGGUUCCGGCGCGUUUGGCAAGGUAUUCAUGGCAAUUGAGCAAACCAACCGAUACCAAGUUGCAUGCAAGGUUGUCGAUCUACGAGUGCUUGUGCCAGGAGCGCAGUCAAAAUUUGGAAGGGCAGAUCAGCCUGUUGCCGCCGAAGACAUUGACAACCGUGCGCAGGUCCGCAAACUCAAAGCCUGGGCAAUUCAGCAGAAAAGAAAAGACGCCCUCGAAAGGCAACUGAGCAAGUAUUACCGUGAAGUCGAUAUACUUGCAUCAAUUAGUCACCCCAACAUCAUUGGCAUUGAGAAGGUGUACAUCACAGACAAUACCAUGUAUAUCAUGCAAGAUAUCGUCACGGCCGGCGAUUUGUUCUCCUACAUCGAAUCGAAGAAUGGCAAGCUACUCGAAGUCGAGGCAGCCGUCAUCGUCCGCCAGAUCUUGAUGGCACUGUCAUUUCUACACAGCAAGAACAUUGUUCACCGCGAUAUUAAGCCUGACAACGUUCUCAUGACCAGUCUGGCUGCAGGGUGCCGAGUCAUCCUGACAGAUUUUGGUGCUGCCAGAAGAAUCGAGAACAGGUUACAUCGCAUGUCAUCGAUCAUUGGCACCCACGAAUACGCUGCACCCGAGAUCCUCGGUUAUCUGAAGUCAAACGUCGAACCGGAAAGGCCAGGUUAUACCCGAUCUGUGGAUAUGUGGGCCGUGGGAUGUGUUACAGUCGUCCUCCUGACCGGAGGACUGGCUUUCUGUGACCCCAAUACGAACACAUACUCCGAAAGGCUUGCCAGGGACUGCAACCUGGACUUUCUUCGCAACUCAAAAGAGUGGCAGGUAGUUCGCCAGCGUCCGAAGGAGUUUGUCGAGAAGCUUCUGGUGCUGGAAGAAGAAGCACGGUUAACAGCAGAAGGAGCCCUCCAGCACUCGUGGUUCUACAAUGAAGUCCACAAGAAUGACUUCGAGGACCUGUACCAGCGGACAGUCAAACAUUGGCGUCCACAGAUCCCAAGGUCAAAUAUCGUCGAGUUUCAGGAUAGCGUCACUAUCAAACAGCUAAAGUGCUCCAAAGCCUUUCUCAGACCACCUAGAAGAAGCAUGAGGCGUGUCCAGUCUCCGAUCGAGCCGCCGUAUAAGCCAUUUCCUAGGCAGAUGCACCAAGGCCUGUGGCCCUUAAGAAGCCCGAAUAGGGGCCUCUCAGCGGAAGUUCUGUCGUCGAUAGAGACGUCGUCACCAACAUCUGCAGCCCGUCUUCGUAUCAGAGCGGACUCGGUGUCUCCGAACCACCAGCCACCUUCUCUGUCCCCGACCGCCACGAGAACCACAACAGAACCUCGCCGUGGUGCUAGAGCGGUUUCAGAACCUCUUCCGAUCAGAAAGUCAUUUGAACCACAAGCGGAAUCUUCCAGUCAGUAUUCCGAAGACUUCCUGGAACCCGCAACGCCUUCGGCACAUAAGACCAGGCAGGGUGGCCACCAGAAAUCUAGAGAAGACGUGGCGACCGUACGACCCCCUGCUCCGAAACUUCGAAAAGUGCUUCCCAUCGAGCAUUCGAACACGCUAUUACACGUCACAACGUUCUCAAAUAUAUCACCAAAUACUUCGUCAGUAGUUGAGCGGGUAGCACGAGCAUCCCUCAACGAACCCGCUGCUGGUGUCAGUCUGGGCCAGCCCGCAACAUCGAGUCCUCUUCGCGAAGUCGCGAAACCGACCGAGGAUCCUCUCACUGUUCAAAGCGACGGUGUCCCAGACUCGAAUUCCUUUAGCGGAACACCACAAAGCAACUCUGGACUUAAAGGAAGACCACCAAUGAGUUUGAUAAAUACCAAACUAAAGAAACGGCGAGGCUCUUCUGUCUUUGAUCUCGCCGAAGAUACCGAUAGCGACGAACAAGUUCGGGACAGCAAGGCACGGCGCCGGUCAAUUUUCGAUUUGGCAGGAGACAACCGUGAGAAUCGACCUCGUCUCCCACGAACGCCGCUUGUUCACCGGCCGAGUGCUCCUUCUGCAGCAUCGAUAAAACCACACCAUCAAUCGACGAACCUAUAUCUCCCACGAUAA